AUGAAGUUGCAAAGAGUACAGCUAAAGUGUAAGAAUCUUCAUGAAUUUCUUCAAGAACUGAGUCCAGGUGUUCUGGACAGGCUGUACAACCACCCCGCUACAUGCCUGGCUGUAUUCAGGGAGCUUCCGAGUCUUGCCAAGAAUUAUGUGAUGCGAAUGCUCUUCCUUGAACAGCCUUUGCCCCAAGCAGCUGUUGCAUUGUGGGUGAAAAAAGAAAAUCACAAGGAACAUGAAGAGAACACACACAUCUUGUCCGGUCUGCGUUUGUGGCACACUCAACAGCUCCCCGGUGGACUGCAGGGGUUUAUCCUGAAUUCAAUUUUCAGAGAAAACCUAAGAAUUGCAUUAUUGGGGGGAGGCAAAGCCUGGGCAGAUGAUGGCAGCCAACUGGGUCCUGAUAAACAUGGAAAAGAUGUUCCUUCUCUGGAUAAAUAUGCUGAGAGCAGAUGGGAGGUUAUUCUUCAGUUUAUGGUUGGAUCACCAAAUGCAACAGUGAGUCAGGAUUUAUCACAACUUCUCAUUUCAGCUGGUCUCAUGAAAAGUGAUUCUGGAGAAGCUCCAAGCAUUUCUUCAGCUGGAUUUCAGUUCUUACUGCUAGAUACAGCUUCACAGCUCUGGUAUUUUAUGCUACAGUACUUGAAGUCAGCUGAAUCACGUGGGAUGAAUCUUGUAGAGAUUCUUUCUUUUCAUGUUCCAGCUGAGCUUCUCAACACUUGGAAAGGAUUACUCUGUAGAAGGAAUGAGUGACUCCUUACAGACUUUCCUGCAGCAUCUGCGGGAAUUUGGACUAGUGUUUCAGAGAAAGAGAAAGUCCCGCCGCUACUACCCAACACGGCUAGCUAUUAACCUGGCAUCCGGUAUAUCUGGCACCACUCUGGAUAGCCACAAGCAAGGUUUUAUUGUGGUAGAGACUAACUAUAGAAUCUAUGCAUAUACAGAUUCAGAACUGCAGAUCGCCCUCAUUGCUCUCUUUUCGGAGAUGUUAUAUCGCUUUCCUAACUUGGUAGUAGCACAAGUCACUAGAGAAAGUGUACAACAAGCUAUUGGAAAUGGUAUCACUGCUGAGCAGAUAAUCCAUUUCCUAAGGACUAGAGCACACUCCGGGAUGUUGCAACAGACUCCAGUACUUCCACCAACUAUCACUGAUCAGAUUCGCCUCUGGGAGCUUGAGAGAGAUCGCCUUCGUUUUUCUGAAGGUGUUCUAUACAAUCAGUUCCUUUCACAGGUGGACUUUGAGCUGCUAAGAAAUUAUGCUCAAGAUCUUGGUGUACUUGUAUUUGAAAACCCUGGCCAGCGAGUUAUGGUGGUCACACCAGCUGGACACUCAGAUGUUAAACGAUUCUGGAAGAGACAGAAACACAGUUAA